AUGACAGCCAUGAAGCCGGAGCAGCAGCCCACCCCGGGGGCCAGGGCGAGCCAGGCUCAGUCGGCGGACCAGGAACUGGGAAGUAACAGCCCUCCACAGAGAAACUGGAAGGGAAUUGCUAUUGCCCUGCUGGUGAUUUUAGUUGUAUGCUCACUCAUCACUAUGUCAGUCAUCCUCUUAACCCCAGAUGAACUCACAAAUUCAUCAGAAACCAGAUUGUCUUUAGAAGACCUCUUCAGGAAAGAAUUUGUGCUCCAUGAUCCAGAAGCUCGAUGGAUCAAUGAUACAGAUGUGGUGUAUAAAAGCGAGAAUGGACAUGUCAUUAAACUGAAUAUAGAAACAAAUACUACUACAUUAUUAUUGGAAAACACAACUUUUGUAACCUUCAAAGCAUCAAGACAUUCAGUCUCACCAGAUUUAAAAUAUGUUCUUCUGGCAUAUGAUGUCAAACAGAUUUUUCAUUAUUCGUAUACUGCUUCAUAUGUGAUUUACAAUAUACACACUAGGGAAGUUUGGGAGUUAAAUCCUCCAGAAGUAGAGGACUCCAUCUUGCAGUAUGCGGCCUGGGGCGUCCAAGGGCAGCAGCUGAUUUAUAUUUUUGAAAAUAAUAUCUACUAUCAACCUGAUAUAAAGAGUAGUUCAUUGCGACUGACAUCUUCUGGAAAAGAAGGAAUUAUUUUUAAUGGAAUUGCUGACUGGUUAUAUGAAGAGGAACUUCUGCAUUCUCACAUCGCCCACUGGUGGUCACCAGAUGGAGAAAGGCUUGCCUUCCUGAUGAUAAAUGAUUCCUUGGUGCCUAACAUGGUUAUCCCCCGGUUUACUGGAGCUUUGUAUCCCAAAGGAAAGAAGUAUCCAUAUCCUAAGGCAGGUCAAGUGAACCCGACAAUCAAAUUAUAUGUUGUAAACCUAUAUGGACCAACUCAUACUUUGGAACUCAUGCCACCUGAUAACUUUAAAUCAAGAGAAUACUAUAUCACUAUGGUUAAAUGGGUAAGCAAUACCAAGACGGUGGUCAGAUGGUUAAAUCGACCUCAGAACAUCUCCAUCCUCACAGUCUGUGAGACCACUACUGGUGCUUGUAGUAGAAAAUAUGAGAUGACAUCAGAUACAUGGCUAUCUAAACAGAACGAGGAGCCCGUGUUUUCUAGAGAUGGCAGCAAAUUCUUUAUGACAGUUCCUGUUAAGCAAGGGGGCCGUGGAGAAUAUAACCACGUAGCUAUGUUCCUCGUCCAGAGUAAAAGUGAGCAAAUUACCGUGCGGCAUCUGACAUCAGGAAACUGGGAAGUGAUAAAGAUCCUGGCAUACGAUGAAAUGACGCAAAAAAUUUACUUUCUGAGCACCGAGUCGUCUCCCAGAGGGAGGCAGCUGUACAGUGCUUCUACUGAAGGAUUAUUGAAUCGUCAAUGCAUUUCAUGUAACUUUAUGAAAGAACAAUGUACAUAUUUUGGUGCCAGUUUUAGUCCCAUGAAUCAACAUUUCUUAUUACUCUGUAAAGGUCCAGGGGUUCCAGUGGUCAGCCUACAUGGCACGGACAACCCAGCAAAAUAUUUUAUAUUGGAAAGCAAUUCUAUGCUGAAGGAAGCUAUCCUGAAGAAGAAGAUAGUAAAGUCAGAAAUUAAAACGCUUCAUAUUGAUGACUAUGAACUUCCUUUACAGUUGUCCUUUCCCAAAGAUUUUACGGACCGAAACCAGUAUGCUCUUCUGUUAAUAAUGAAUGAAGAACCAGGAGGCCAGCUAGUUACAGAUAAGUUCCAUUUUGACUGGGAUUCAGUACUUGUUGACACGGGUAACGUCAUCACAGCACGUUUUGAUGGCAGAGGAAGUGGAUUCCAGGGCCUGAAAAUUUUGCAGGAGAUUCAUCGAAGGUUAGGCUCAGUGGAAAUAAAGGACCAAAUAGCAGCAGUGAAAUUUUUACUGAAACAGCCAUACAUUGACUCCAAAAGAUUAAGCAUUUUUGGAAAGGGGUAUGGUGGCUAUAUUGCAUCAAUGAUAUUAAAAUCAGAUGAAAACCUUUUUAAAUGUGGAUCAGUGAUUGCACCCAUUAUAGACUUGAAGUUGUAUGCCUCAGCUUUCUCUGAAAGAUAUCUUGGUAUGCCAUCUAAAGAAGAAAGCACAUACCAGGCUUCCAGUGUGCUACAUAAUAUUCAUGGCUUAAAAGAAGAAAAUAUAUUAAUAAUUCAUGGAACUGCUGACACAAAAGUUCAUUUCCAGCAUUCAGCAGAAUUAAUCAAACACCUAAUAAAAGCUGGAGUGAAUUAUACUAUGCAGGUCUACCCAGAUGAAGGCCAUGACGUGUCUGAGAAGAGCAAAUAUCAUCUCUACAGCACAGUCCUCAGAUUCUUCAGUGAUUGUUUAAAGGAAGAAAUACCCAUAUUACCACAGGAACCAGAAGAAGAUGAAUAA